AUGAACGACAAAAUCGUCAUCCGCGAGCCGCUGUUCGUGGCGCCAAACGAGCAAGAUAACUUUUUCAGCAGGGAAAGGAAAGAGGGGGCGAAUCUGAUCAACCAUAUAAGCACAAAUGGGCCAUACAAAAGGUGUGAAAGGUUGGAGCAGGAUGGAGGAAACGAACAGCAGAAUGACCCCCCCCAGUUAAACGAAAGAGAAGAUAUGAGCUGUUUUGUGAAAUACAAAGGAGACAUUCACAAUUUAAGUCACGAAAAAAAUGUUUUCAAUUCGUGCAGAAAAGGAGAAAUAAACGCCAAGUACAACAUAAUGGAAAAUAUACACGAUGUGCACUACACGAACAAAAGUACAAAAAACUUGAACGACUUUUUGAAACAUGUGAAGAUCAAUCAUACUGCUCCUUGUGUGGGUGAGUUCAGGACCUGCAUGAAUUGCUUCGUGAGCAUUUCAACACUCUUUUGCAAAACGUGCAACAUAUUUCUGUGUGCAGUGUGCAGUAUUAAAUUGCACAAAAAUGAGCAGGACCAUAUUAUCAAUGUGGCCAGCAGUGGCUUGUUCCAAAAUGAUUAUUCCUACAAUGAUGUCAUCGUGAAGGAGAAGGACAAAUGGCUAGUCGAAAUGGACAAUAAUAUCCCAGUUAAAAUUAGGGAGAAAUGUUCUGUACAUACAAGUGAGUAUGUAAAAUAUGCCUGCAAGACAUGUCAGUAUAUUUUACUAUGUACUGACUGUUUGCUGAAUGACCCUGUGCAUGUGCAGAAUGAAGCGGAUGGGGGGAGGAACACCACUACGGAGAAGCGGCAAGAUGGGUCAAACGGGGGGGAUAAGGGAGAGGAGAAUAAUGACAGUGGAAAUGCAACUCUCCCGUUUGGUGUAUCCUCAUUGGGGGGAAAAAAAAGUGAAGGACAGAUGAUCGAUAUGACCCUACGUGGUAACUCUAGCAGUGGAGGCAACGCACCACCAAUCCAAACUAUCGUCAGCAUAGACAAAAAGGGGGAAGCAACCACCGUCACAACAAUCGAUCAAAACGACCUGGUUCACCUCAAACCGGGGUUCAAACUAAUCCGCGGUAGUCACGAAAUAUACACCCUGGUGGACGCAAAAAAUGAAAUAAAACAAGAACUAAACGACAAGCUAGAAGUCUUGUGUAAAAAGUCGUUAGUUCUGAAGAAUACAAUCCCCUCCCUCAGGAACAUCUACAAGUAUGGAAAAAUCACGAGCAAAAAUGUGAAGAGGUCCAUAAGGGCUUCCUUCACCAUUACGAAUACCUUCCUGGAGAAAAAAAAAAAAAAAUUACAUCAAGAGUUGAAAAUGGUACAGGAUAGAAGCACCCAAUUCCUAGCAAAAAUGGACGAACAGAGAAUCAACUACCACAGCUAUUUGGAGAGGAAGAAAAAUGAACUUCAACACAUGGUUAAGUUAAGUGGUCGAAAUGCAGGACUGUCUCUGGACUACUAUGUGGAAAAAUUAGAAUCGUACAAGUGUCUAUUUUUUUCAAAGGACAAUUUAAUAGACAUAGAAAAGAAGCUAGAGAUUCCGCACUCCAAAAUGAAGUCGGAGCAUUUACCUUCUUUAGUAGAAACAAUGAAAGUAGAUGUUUUAGAAGCGAAAAAAAGCGUCAGUGAUAGUUCUGCACUGAUUAGGAAGGAAUUUGAAAAGCUCUUCAAUUGCAGCAGCGAAAUUUCUGUCUACCCUGCGCAUUUUAAAGACAUCCUCCAGAAGAGGAUAUACGACAGGCACAGAGUAGAACCCGUAGAUGGAGAGGCGAAAAGACGGCAACGAUACUUUCACGUUUUGCCAUUCACCGAUCUGUAUAUGAAUAUGGAGGUGACCUACCAGCAGCAGUUUUGGCGGAAAGAUUCCCUACAUCAGAAGUGGGAAGUAAGAACCGUUUCGCUGCGCUCCAUUUAUUUGUGUGUGCACACUCACGCGGAUGAAGUGGUAAAGAACCAUGUGGGUAGUAACUGCGUGGGUGUCUGUACGGAUGAUUCUCCCAAAAGUAAAAGUGGUUCUACCCAAAAUGAACACUUCAUCUCAAAAAACGAGAUAAAUAACUUCAGCAAUGACAUUGAAUCUGUUGUGAAUAUCGCCAACGUGAGCAUCAAGCUGUUCUCAGACCCGGACAUAACGAACAUAACAAUUCUAGAAAAAAGGAACCACCCGUAUGGGAUAGAAAUAACGGAAUAUAAUGAGAAGAAGGAUUUGUGUGGCUAUUGGCUGUUGACAUGUAAGAAGGAGAGCGAUGUGAAUACCCUAUUCAACACGUUGGUGAGUCUGAAAAAGGAAAACAAAGGGUCGACACUCAUCCCUUCCUUUCAUCCAAAGAUAAAUAUGAGCAACCCCAUGUUUCACUUCCACCACAAGAAUGUAAACUCGGUGUACAAGCACUUGGCAGCAAACCUGGUGGAGCAGCCAGUUGUGCUCUCCGUCGGGGAGGACCCUCACAUGGGGGAGAUUGAAGAGAAUCGCUUGGGGGGGAAACAGGACAGCCUCGAAACUGUACAAAGCGGCGACACCGCUAAUUACAAUUAUGACCGCUUCAUGAGGGACUCCAGCCUGCUGUACUACUACGAUGGAAUGGACGAUCCGGACUAUCUCCAGAAUGUGAAGAAGUACCAAAUUGAAGACCUUGUCCCUGGGCAGAUAAAUUUAUCCGACUCGAAUGACCAGAUGGCACUAGCCGAGUGCAGCCAGAAUAUGUGUGCUGAAUCUAGUAGUGCAGAAUCCAUGAACCCGUUUUCCCUUCGUAGAAGUGCGCUGGGGGAGAGUCAAUUAGGGGGGGGACAACCUCAAACGAACGUCCCCCGUGAGAAAGUGUCUGCACAGGAGGGAGUAGGCACAGCUAGACUACGCCCCUUGGUGGGGGUUCACCCAAAAAGGAAAAACAUAAACCCACCAGAUGUAAAUAUCAAUACUGUGAAGCCUAAUUUAGUGCAAGAGGAGCAGCACUUUAUGUGUCUAAAUGUGGGUUCUAAUUUUUCUCAUGGGGACUACACUCCGCGGAUGUAUAGCCAGGGGGUACAGAUCAUGAAGGGGGUGAACGUAGGUAUACAUACAGGUUGUUACUCGAAUGGGGAUGCACAAGGGGGGAGUUUCCUCACCGGUGGUAUUCCAGUUAGUGGUCCACGUGAUGACGAAGGAAGGAACGUUGGAGAGCAGACGAAUGAGCACUUGGUGGAAAGGCGCAACGGUGAUCAUAUCGCGCACGUUUCAGAUGUCACCAGGGAGGGCAACUAUGGAGACAAACUGGGACUGAAGAAUGGUCUUAUCUUAAGCAAUCUCCAUGUGGAAGAGGGCAUGGAUGCUUGUAGUGGUACCAGGAAAGGAGAACCCCACGCGGAGGAAGAACCCAAAAGGGGAGAUACAAAAGUGAGCGACCUGGAGGAAACAUUCGCCAAAACGGGGGAGUUACUGAACAAUGAGGAAGUUACAAAGUUCCUGCGCAGAUUGGAUUGGGCGGAAAACAUGAGUGGUGGUUUGCAUGAAGUGGGUCCUGAGUCGGCUACUAGAGCACACAGCUACUGUAAGACGAAGCGACUGACUGAUGAGAGGCAAUCCCCUACAAUCGAAACGGAAGCGAAUAACACUCCUGGACGCCUGAACGAACAGGAUCAUAGAACCCGUAAUGGAGAUUCAAAGGGAGAGCCAAACGGGGAACGUUUCAGUAAGGUUUACUCUGAUGGGGGUCCCUCUUGUGAUGGCACGCCUAUGAAUGGAACUGCCCUUUUUCCACAUGACAGUGAGAACAAUACGAUGCAGGUAGAUAGCCGUGUGAGGAGGGAAAACCUAGUAGGGGCGAGCCCACCUUGUGGUGAGAAGGAAGGAGAUGCCCUGAUUACCGUUGAAGAUAAUUCCUCUGUGCGGGCUUCUGCAGAAGUGAUGAACCCUUUUAGAAAAAUGAACAACUCAGAGAGGGAGGGUUUUCCCGUGGGAGAGAUGAAUGCAAAAGUGCCUUUCAAAUGUGGAAGUAAUCCCAAUGAGAAUCCCCAGAAGGGAAGAAAAAUUGAUACUGUGCUGAGUGAUCAACGGGAGGAUUUGGAUGAAAAUGAGGGGACUACCCCGGGGGGGGCCAUAAUCAGUGGAGACGGAAAUGAAAAAGUGCGUCCCAACGGAGUGCACACAGAUGAGCAGAUCCAGAAAGGGACUCACUCACAGACACGUAAUAAAAACUGCGUGAUGCGUUCCCCAAUGGAGGACCUUCCUCGGGAAGAAGAUAACAGAACAGAGAUCUCCCCAACCCGGAUGGACAACCGCGCCGCUACAUCCAACCUUAAGGCAAUUCUAAAGCCAACACCUCUUCACGCCAACGGGGGUGCGAGAAUAGUCCAGGGGAGAAUGAGAAGUGGCGUAGGACGGUUCCUGUUGCAAAAGGAGGAGAGUAAUAAAAUCCCACCCCCUAAGAAGAAGAAGAAUAAAGAUAGUGCAGGAACCUCUGCAGUUUCCACUUCCAAGUCUAUUACUCGCCUCAAGACGCUUCACGACGAAUUGACCCCAGCGGGAGACGUCCCUGAGAGUGUAAUCAGUCGAGUGAUGAGCCAGAUAGGCAGUAAAAGGUUGGGAUCCUAA